CGCGCUUAGACUCUUGGGAGUUGUAGUACGAAUCCGUCAGGCCGGAACCAUGGCAGUGACCAAGGAGCUCUUACAGAUGGACCUGUACGCGCUGCUAGGCAUUGAGGAGAAGGCAGCGGACAAAGAGGUAAAGAAGGCGUAUAGGCAGAAGGCCCUCUCCUGCCACCCAGACAAAAAUCCAGAUAAUCCCAGAGCAGCUGAACUCUUCCACCAGCUUUCUCAGGCCUUGGAGGUGCUGACCGAUGCUGCAGCCAGGGCUGCAUAUGACAAGGUUAGGAAAGCCAAGAAGCAGGCAGCAGAGAGGACCCAGAAACUUGAUGAGAAAAGGAAGAAAGUGAAGCUUGACCUGGAGGCCCGGGAGCGGCAGGCCCAGGCCCAGGAGAGUGAAGAGGAAGAGGAGAGCCGGAGCACCAGGACACUAGAGCAAGAGAUCGAACGCCUGAGAGAAGAGGGUUCCCGGCAGCUGGAGGAACAGCAGAGGCUGAUCCGGGAGCAGAUACGCCAGGAGCGUGACCAGAGGUUGAGAGGAAAGGCAGAAAGUACUGAAGGCCAAGGAACCCCCAAACUAAAGCUAAAAUGGAAGUGCAAGAAGGAGGAUGAGUCAAAAGGUGGCUACUCCAAAGACGUCCUGCUACGGCUUUUGCAGAAGUAUGGUGAGGUUCUCAACCUGGUGCUUUCCAGUAAGAAGCCAGGCACUGCUGUGGUGGAGUUUGCAACCGUCAAGGCGGCGGAGCUGGCUGUCCAGAAUGAAGCUGGCCUGGUGGAUAACCCUCUGAAGAUUUCCUGGUUGGAGGGACAGCCCCAGGAUGCCAUGGGCCGCAGCCACUCAGGACUGUCAAAGGGCUCAGUGCUGUCAGAGAGAGACUACGAGAGCCUCGUCAUGAUGCGCAUGCGCCAGGCGGCCGAGCGGCAACAGCUGAUCGCACGGAUGCAGCAGGAAGACCAGGAGGGGCCGCCCACAUAACCCCAGCUCCAGCCAUCCACCCCUCAGCCCUUUUCUUCAACGUCACCAAUAAAUUUUUUUUUUUUUUUUUUUUUUUUAGGAUUUUACCUCUAUUCCAUACAUAGGUAUAAGGUGCUGGGUUCUGCCGCAGACGGCUCCACCCAGGCCUGGCGCCCCUCCCAGGAAGUGGGCAGACCCCCAGGGAAACGCUCCGCAGG